CAUGAACUGAAUGAACGAGCAUCUCAUUCUCUUUUAUCCUCAAAACCGCACCAUGCUACCGGCUUUGAUCGCAGUCCUCCUCAUCCUCGCGGGCUAUCUCGCAACAACCCUAACCUCCCGCAAGAAACACCCGCCUCUUCCUCCGGGCCCUCCACGCAAACCCAUCAUCGGCAAUCUAAAUGACCUCCCUCGUCCCGGCCAGAAAGACUGGCUCCAUUGGCUCAAACACAAAGAGCUCUAUGGCCCCAUCAGCUCCCUCAGCGUCUUCGGACAAACAAUCAUCAUCCUCAACGAAGCCCGCCACGCCGUGGACCUGCUGGAGAAGCGAUCCGCGAUCCACUCGUCGCGUCCGCAGCAGAACUUCGCUGAAAUGUCCGGCUGGGAUAACGUCCUCGGCUCGGUCAAAAGCACGGAACGCCUCCGUGAGACGCGCAAGAACCUCCACCGCGAGAUCGGAUCAAACAAGUCGGUCGCCCGGUUCAACGAUGUGCAAACCGCGGAGGUGGGCCGGUUCUUGGUCCGGGUUCUGGCGUCGCCGGGGAAUCUGAUCCAGCAUAUUCGCAAAGAAGCCGGCGCCAUUAUCCUGAAGAUGGGGUAUGGGUAUACGGUUGAACCGCACGCUCGCGACCCGUUAGUCGAUCUGGCUGAUCGGGCGCUGGAGGACUUCUCGGUGGCGAUGUUGCCGGCGACGUAUGCGGUGGAUUUCAUACCAAUUUUGCGCUAUCUCCCCGCCUGGUUCCCCGGCGCAGGCUUCGUGCGCACCGCACGCCAGUACAAGAAGACCGUCACGGCGUUCAGUGACCUGCCGUACGCCUUUGUGCGCAAACAGAUGCGCGAGGGCCGGUUCGCGCCGUCUUUCCUCUCCAACCUGCUGGAGGAUCAACCCGAGUUGGAAAGGGGGUCCGAGGCCGAGGUCACGGUUAAAUGGUCUGCUGCGUCGCUGUAUGCUGGGGGCGCGGAUACUACCGUCUCCUCCAUCGCAACCUUCUUCCAAGCUAUGGCCCUCUUCCCCGACGUCCAGCGCAAAGCCCAAGCCGAGCUUGACUCCCUCCUCGGCCCCGCCACCCGGCUGCCUACCUUCGACGACCGCGAGAAUCUACCGUACAUCAACGCCCUCGUCAAGGAAGUCUUCCGGUGGCAUCCGGUUGUCCCCCUGGAUCUGUCGCAUGUCUCUGUGCAGGAUGAUGUGUAUGAAGGGUACUGGAUCCCGAAGGGCGCGUCCAUCCUCGCGAAUAUCUGGGCCUUCACCCACGACCCAGCGACAUACCCGGACCCAGACGCAUUCAGGCCCGAGCGCUUCCUCCCUACUUCUGCUGCUGCUGCUGCUGCCACCGGAGGAGCUGCAGGUGAAACUGGAAGUGAACAACGCGACCCGCACUUCCUGAUCUUCGGCUUCGGGCGCCGCGUCUGUCCCGGCCGGAACCUGGCGGACGCCAACGUCUUCCUGACGAUUGCGCAGGCGCUAACUGUUUUCCGGAUCCGGGCGCCUGAGCAGCAGAGUGUGGGGAAGGAGUGGAAGCCUGUGUUCUUGCCGGGCGUUAUCAGUCAUCCUGUGCCGGCGGGGUUGAGGAUUGAGCCGCGAAGUGAGAGGCAUCGGGAGUUGGUGAGGGAGGUUGAGAGGGUGUUUCCUUGGGAGGAGAGUCAUGCGGGUGAAUUGGAGGGGUUGGAGUUUUGAUUUCGGGUCUGGAUUGGGUUGGGGGGAAGGGUUUAGAACUGGGCUUGUGGAUGAGGUGAGUGUAUGAAGCUUUGUGUUGUUGAUUAAAGGUAUAUACUUUAUAGGGUCUAUUAUGCUAAAGCUGAAGAAGACGGUCAGAGGUGUGACGUGAGGCUUGUUUGUCUUUUGUCGAUAGGCCAUCGCUGUCGUCUUGCGAUGCAUGAAGGGUCUAUUGCUUCAGUGCGGAGCAUCCCAGGGCAAGGAC